AUGGAGAUGGCCUCCAGGCCCUCCACUUGCGUCGAUCGUGUCUUACUUGAUCUAGAGUUGCUCAUGAACAACUACAAACGCCAUUAUGUUGCUGUUUCCGAUGUUGCAGAUGCAAUCAGGGACGUGAAAUUCCUCAAAACAUUUAUUGUGUGUGCAAGAAAGUGGAGCCAAAGCAAUGAUUUGUACUUGGAAUCUGAUAAUGUUGUUAAGAAGGUGAGUCUUCCAUCCUUCCUAUCUUGCAUUGACGAUACUGUUCACAAAUAUGAGGAGGACAUUCACUCUCUUUCCCUUAGAUCAGAAACUGAAGAAAUGUCACAUACUCUUGACGAACCACUGAUCUCUAAAUUCCGAAAACAGAUCAAAUCAUUUAAGCAAGAAAUCAUCCAAGUGUACGUUAUGUUGGUAAGCAGCAGGUCAUUGCAGUCAAAUUCUUGCAGGAGAGAUGAUGAAUUAAUGGAAUUCAUAGACCUCAUUCUACAAAAUCUAGCGGAUUUGAUGCCUUCCGAUUCAUUUCUUCGUAAGGAAUCCCAAGUUAAUAAAUCUUCUCUUUCUGCUGCAUUGAGUGCCGAAUUGCAAGCCCUUGAAGUAAAGCUAACAUUCUUGAAAAGCUUCAUUCCCUUUGCCAAAUUACGAGGAACUGUAGAUAUUCCUGCCUUGCUAUUGUCUCACUUUGAGGUGGUGGCUUUGAACGCAGCACGCCUCUCUUACAUGUGCUCUUUUUCGGAUGAUGAUCCUGAGAAAAGGUGGACGAAUCGUAGGAUCUACUCCAAGAUAUAUAAACAACAACGGAAGAUCAGAGCUGUUGAUUUUCAACUCUAUGAGAUUUAUAUGGAAGCUCUUGGAUGUACGAGAUCCUCAAAAUCUUCGCAGAGUACAAUGAUGGAUAAGCAGAUAUUGAUCAACUUCAAUGAUUCUCUGCUAAGUUGUCUCUGGGAGCUAUUAUGCUGCAGCUCUAGCUUUAUGGAUUCUAUGAAAGAUAAAAUGCAAACACUCUAUGCAGGACUGAGAUUCUUGAGGAGCAUAUUAAGGGAGCAUUAUGAGAAGAUGGAUGAAGAAAAUGAAAAAGUUGGAGCUCUUCUUAGUGAGGCAGGGAUUAUAAUUUUUUUCCCUUCUCUAAACAAAGUGAAAGAAGGAGAAGUUAGCUGCUUAGAAUCCAAAGAUGCUCUUGUUUGUUAUGAUAUGCUGGCUAAUACCAACACCCAUAUCAAGCAUUUUAAGGAUAAGAUCAGUGGCCCAAGCAUUAUAGAUAGUCUUCCUAAUUACUCUCAUAGCUUAAGAGUACAAGAAGUUUGCAAGCCUUCCAGGCACAUGCCAUCUAAAGAAAAUAUACCAACAGUCCAUGAAGUCAUGGUUGGUCUUGAUGAUGAGGCAGAAAAAGUAAUUGAACGACUUAGAAGCGGAUCAGAACAGCUGGAAUUUGUUCCCAUUGUCGGAAUGGCUGGGCUUGGUAAAACAACUUUAGCCAAAAAAGUUUACAAUGAUAGUUCAAUUAUCUAUAACUUCCACAUUCGUCUUUGGUGUACUGUUUCUCAAGCAUUUAACAUGAAAAGCUUGUUAAUGCAAAUUUUGUGCUCUGAUGGAAAACAGUCUAGCAUGGAUGAAGAGCUUAAAAACUUGAAUGAACAUGAAUUGCUUCAAAAGCUCUAUCAAAGGCUGAAGACGAAGAGCUAUCUUGUUGUUUUUGAUGAUGUCUGGGACAUUAAGGUAUGGAAUGAGCUGAGAAUUUCAUUCCCCGAUGACAAGAAGAGAAGUAGAAUCCUUUUCACGAGUCGAUUUUCUAAUGUGGCUUCACAGGUUCAAUAUGCUGGAGAACCUCACAAUCUUCGCCCACUCCAUGAGAAAGAAUGUUUUGAAUUAUUGCAAAAGAAGGUGUUUGGAAAAGAAGAUUGUCCUCAAGUAUUGCGUGGAAUUGGGAUGGAGAUUGCCAAAAAGUGUACGGGAUUGCCACUUGCAGUUGUUGUUGUAGCUGGAGUCCUAGCAACUAUAGAGCAUGAUAUUUUGGUUUGGGAAGAUUUUGCUAGAAGUUUAACUUCAACCAUGGUGUCUAGUGCAGACCAGUGCAAAAAGUCAUUGGAGCUCAGUUACGAGCAUUUACCAUAUCACUUGAAGGCUUGCCUGUUGUACUUUGCUGCAUUUCGAGAAGAUGAAAUAAUUUAUGCAAAAGAUUUGAUAUGUCUAUGGGUUGCAGAAGGUUUUGUAGAAAAAAUUGAAGGCAAGAGAUCAGAGGACAUUGCAGAAGAAUAUCUGAUGGACCUGAUUGGUCGCAAUUUAGUUAUGGCAAGUAAAAGCAGAUCCAUUGGUGGAGUCAAAACUUGUUACAUUCACGAUUUGAUAUUUGAGUUCUGUAAGACCGAGGCAAAAGAAAAGAAUUUUCUUCAGGUCCUGCAUGGAUAUGAUGAGCUUUCUACCUUUGAUGAGCCUCCCACCCCACCUCGGUUGUCCAUUUGCUCCAGUGGGGAAGAUUUUAUAAGGUCAAGGCUAUUUUGUCCACAUUUAGGUACUCUGCUAUUCUUUGAUAGGAUUCAAGGAUAUGAUUUUCAGUUGGUUAACGUUUCCUUCCUUUUUUGCAUCUACAAACAUCUUAAAGUUCUGAAUUUAGAGCGCAUUUACCUAAGUCUGACAAAGCUUCCAACUGAAGUCGAAUCACUUCUUUUUUUGAGGUAUUUAGCCCUUACAGCUUUGUGGAUGAGAUCCAUUCCAUCGUCUAUCGCCAAGCUCUCACAUUUAGAAACCUUUCGUCUAAGAUCUUGUGAGAUGGUUUUUUUGCCAAAAAGCGUUUGGAACAUGAAGGAGUUGAGGCACGUACAUGUUAGCGGGGGCUCUGUUGUUCUUCCUUUUGCUUCCAAUGACAACGUUUUUGAAAACCACUCCACUUUACCCAAUUUGGACACACUCUCCAGUCUGUGUCUUUAUCUUGAUCAAGAAGCAGAGAGCAUAUUGGAAAGGAUUCCCAACAUUCGCCAACUAAAAGUUUUCAAUGAUCGGGAACUAGAUAGACUAUGCUGCAACAUGAGUCGACUAGAAUGCCUAGAAUCACUCACCUUGGAGCUGGGCUCCUUCUUACCAAAUCAGCUGGAUCAUGUUGAGCUUUCUUUUCCCAUGAAUUUGAAAAAGUUGUGUCUUGCCCGUCUGUGUCUUCCCUGUAGUAAAAUGCCACUGAUUGAACAACUACCCAAUCUUGAGGUCCUCAAAUUAAGAUGUAAUUGUUGA